UGUGCUAAAAGCAGUUUAUGGAUUUUCUUGGCAUUUAUAUUUUUAAGCUCGACUUGAAUGGGUCAGUAGUAAAAAAUUCUUGAAGCACCAGAGUAGACGCGUAUAAACUGAUAACAAUAAAGUAUCAUUAACAAAACAAAUCCCAUACGCAACUCUUAACUUGUAUCGCAUAGGGACUUAUCAGUUGCAAAAUGUCGUUCUAGAAGUUCAAACCCAUCCAAGAUAAUGUCCAUAUUCAGAAUUGUAAUUCAUUUUAGCGGUCUACUUGGAGCUUUAUUUUUGUUUGAUUUUGGAUAUGGUGCUCCAGCUGGAAGAAAUCUUCCAAGUAUGGAGGUUCCUCCACCAAAACUUAUAAAUUUUAUGAGACGAUUUGGGUACUUAGAACCAAACCCAAGUGAUUCUGAAGCUCUCUAUCAUGAAGUUGCAAUAAUCGAAGCUAUUAGGAAUAUACAAAAAUAUGGAGCAAUUAACCAGACCGGCGAACUCGACAGGCCUACAUUGCAAUUAUUAUCAUCACCGCGUUGCGGAGUACCAGACAUAGAAUCUCAAUCCCGAUCCAGAUCGAAACGUUACAUUAUCGGUGCGAGAUCUUGGCAGAAACGCAAAAUUAGAUACUACAUAGCUAAUUGGUCAGCCAAAAUGCAGAGGGACCAAAUCGAACGAGAUUUGGAAAAAGCCUUUAACAUGUGGUCUCGCUAUAACCGACUGAAAUUCCAGCGUGUAGAUGACACAUCGGCAGACAUUAUAGUUGGAUUUGGAAGUUCCUAUCAUGGAGAUAACUAUCCCUUUGAUGGCCCUGGAAACAUUUUGGCUCAUGCAUUUUAUCCUUAUGAAAUGGGUUCUUAUGGAGGUGAUAUACACUUUGAUGAGGAUGAGAAUUGGGUAGAAAAUUCAACGAACUUAUCGGAUGGGGUGGAUUUCUAUUCAGUUGCAUUGCACGAAUUAGGACAUAGCCUGGGAUUGGCUCAUUCUCCAGUUUAUUCAUCGAUUAUGUUUCCCUACUACAAAGGUCCUGGUCAAAAUGUUCUGGAUUAUGAUGAUGUCUUGGCUAUGUACGAUCUUUAUGUUCAGAGAAAAUUACCAGGCGAUGACGACAAAUUAGAAACAUACACUCCAAGAUCAAGAUCAACUUCAACCACACCAUCGCAAUUUGAAGAAACAACUGAGAUAACAUUGGAAGUGUCGACGACGACUAGAGAAGACAUCCAGUUCACAUAUGAGGGUGACUUUGAAACAGUUGGAAAUCAUAAGAAAAAGUACUCUACAAACAUGAUUUGGAUAAGCACUGGAGCAACUACCAAAAUCCCUAAAAAAAUCCGACCCAUAGCCCCGGGAAGCCAUAUCUGCCAAGGUCAUUUUGAUGCAGUCUCACUCAUAAAGGGCUCUAUUUAUAUCUUCAAGGGCAAAUACGUUUGGAGAGUUACACCAAGGUACACCAUCGACAGCGACUAUCCAAAGCCGAUUUAUGAAAUGUUACCAUUUCUGCCGGAAAAUACUCAAAGCAUCGAUGCGGUAUAUGAGCGUUUUGAUGGAGCGUCAGUUUAUUUUACAGGUAAAAUCUAUUGGAUUUAUGAUGGUCAAGGACUCAUAGAAAAUAGCCCAAGGAAUCUCACGGAUUUUAUUUCAACAGCUACAAAUGUAACCAAAAUAGAUGCAGCAAUGGUCUGGCCUAAAAACAAUAUGACCUACAUCUUUGCGGGGAAUCAAUUUUGGAAAAUAAACGAAACAAAUAGGAGAUUUGAAGACAAUUUUUCAAAGCCCAUGCAAAGAUGGAUUGGAAUACCAAAUAACAUCGAUGCAACUGCAACUCUUGCAAAUGGCAAAACAUAUUUCUUCAAGGACAAUUUAUAUUGGCUCUAUAACAACAAAUUCAUACGCCCCGAACGUGGCUAUCCACGUCGAGCGUCCACAGCAUGGCUAGGAUGUUUACCGACCACAGAGAAAACAAAACUGAGGAAUUCAAAUACAACGAUUUUGUUUAUUUAG